CGGUCGAAUCCGUGACGUCGUCUACGUGCCGUGUCGCUCUCUCAGUCUCGUAUUCGACGCAUCGUGCAGCGAUUUGGUACUGCGAACGCAUAACGGACGUAUGAGCAUGGCUCCGAAGAAGCCCGAGGAACCCGAGCGAAAGCCACUUAUCGGUCGCGUUGGUACUAAUUUAAAAAUGGGCAUAGUCGGGAUUCCAAAUGUAGGAAAAUCGACUUUCUUCAACGUUCUCACCAAGAGCCAAGCAGCGGCCGAGAAUUUCCCCUUCUGCACCAUCGACCCCAAUGAAAGUCGCGUUCCGGUGCCUGACACGAGAUACGACUACCUCUGCGAAUAUUUUAAACCGGCUAGUAAAGUUCCAGCCUUCUUGCACGUAAUGGAUAUUGCUGGUCUAGUGAAAGGUGCCUCCGAGGGACAAGGCUUAGGAAACAGUUUUCUCUCGCACAUCGGAGCUUGCGAUGGCAUUUUUCAUCUCUGCCGUGCCUUCGAGGACGACGAUGUGACCCACGUGGAGGGUGACGUCAAUCCCGUAAGAGACCUUGAUAUCAUUAGCGAAGAGUUACGACUGAAGGACGUGGAAUUUUUGAACGUCCACCUCGAGAAGCUUGAGAAGCUUGUGAUACGCGGUAAUGAUAAGAAGCUGAAACCUGAAUACGAUACGCUUCUAAAAGUAAAGGGCGUCUUGACGGAUGAGAAAAAACACAUCAGGUUCGCUGAUUGGAGUGCCAACGAUAUCGAGGUGUUGAACAAGUAUCUAUUUCUUACGUCGAAGCCGAUCAUCUAUUUGGUAAACCUGUCGGAAAAGGACUACAUACGCAAGAAGAAUAAAUGGUUAAUCAAGAUAAAAGAAUGGGUCGACAAGAACGAUCCGGGCGCGGUGUUAAUUCCUUUCAGCGGCGUCUUCGAAAACAAGAUUUUCGAUAUGGACGAGGCGGAGCGCGCAAAAUACUUCGAGGAACACAAAGUCACCAGUGCACUCGAUAAAAUCAUUGUACAAGGAUACAAGGCGUUACAGCUGCAAUAUUUUUUCACGUCCGGUCACGAUGAAGUUAAGGCGUGGACAAUUCAGAAAGGCACAAAAGCGCCUCAAGCUGCGGGAAAAAUACAUACAGAUUUUGAAAAAGGAUUUAUCAUGGCAGAAGUGAUGAAAUUCGAAGAUUUCAAGAAUGAGGGCUCGGAAGCAGCAGUAAAAGCCGCCGGAAAGUACAGACAACAAGGACGUAAUUAUGUAGUCGAGGAUGGCGAUAUUAUUUUCUUCAAAUUCAACGCAGGCGCUGGGUUAAAAGACGCGAAGAAGAAGUGAUGGCACGCGUUUCUCAUGUUGUUGCUGGUCCAUCUGUACAUCAACAUGAUUCUGUUAUCCUGUUGCAUGCAUCAUCCUCGCGUUAAUCAAUCCAAUUCGCUUCCUGAUCCUCCCUGACUUUUUCAUUCACGAUAAGCAUGUAUACACGCUAAUGUGAUGAUCGAUAAUGAUAAUUAUUUUUAUAUUUUGAUUCCACGGAAUCUAUAAAAAUUAAUCGUGCUCAUGAUGCGUUUGCACAAAAACACGUAUUGGAAUAAUCCAAUAUUCUUCUUGUUCCAAAUUAUGCGUAGAGAAUAAUUCGAAUAUAUACAUAUAAUUUUUUUUAUAAAGAACAUAAUUGUCUACGCAAAAGAAAAAAAUAACAUUUUCAUGUUUAUUUUUAAUGUGUACAUAAUUAUCUGAUUAUGUAGAUGGCAUUCUAUCUAUAUUAUUUUUCACUUUUUAUCUUUGUGAAAAUGUGUUGAUAGAGAAAGGAAAAGAGAAUGAAAAGAAAAGGGUCGACGUGUACGUAAAGCAUUUCUUUGUACUUUUCUGUAUUUAUUCUACAAAUAUUAAACUACAUUGACGUAAAAGGA